AUGGUUCAUCUAGGUCCCAAAAAACCACCUGCCAGAAAGGGCUCUAUGGCCGAUGUCCCCUCCAAACUGCUGAAUGAGGUUAAGGAAUUCGAGGAAAUGUUUUCCGUUUCUGCUGAGAAAUUGCAGGAGGUCACAAAGCACUUCAUCACGGAAUUGAACCAGGGUCUGUCCCCCGAAGGUGGGAACAUCCCCAUGAUCCCAGGGUGGGUCGUCGAAUGCCCCACUGGUAAAGAAAAGGGCGAUUUCCUGGCAAUUGACCUUGGUGGCACAAACCUGCGUGUUGUCCUCGUCAAAUUGGGCGGCGACCGUACUUUCGACACUACGCAGUCCAAGUACAAGAUCCCAGACGCCAUGAGAACCACCAAGAACCCAGACGAGUUGUUCGUCUUCAUUGCCGAGUCCCUGAAGAGUUUCGUCGAGGAACAGUUCCCUCACGGCGUCUCAGAACCUAUCCCAUUGGGGUUCACUUUCUCCUUCCCAGCGUCUCAGGACAGAAUCAACCAAGGUAUCUUGCAGACCUGGACCAAAGGGUUUGACAUCCCCAACAUCGAGGGUCACGACGUCGUCCCCAUGCUAGUCAAGGAGAUCACCAAAAGGAACCUCCCCAUCCAGGUCGUCGCCCUGAUCAACGAUACCACGGGGACUCUCGUCGCUUCUUCGUACACGGACGGGGACACCAAGAUGGGUGUCAUCUUCGGGACCGGUGUCAACGGGGCCUACUACGAGGAGGUCGCCAACAUUCCCAAGUUAAAGGGGAAACUCGCUGACGACAUUCCAGCCACGGCACCAAUGGCCAUCAACUGUGAGUACGGGUCCUUCGACAACGAGCACAAGAUCUUGCCAAGAACCAAGUACGACAUUGCGAUCGACGAGGCCUCCCCAAGACCAGGGCAGCAGACUUUUGAAAAGAUGUCCUCCGGUUACUACCUGGGUGAAAUCCUGCGUUUGGCGAUUCUAGACGUGUACGAAAAGGGCUGUAUCCUGUGCGACCAGGACAUGACUAAACUGAACACCCCUUACAUCAUGGACACCUCCUUCCCAUCCAGAAUCGAGAACGACCCCUUCGAAAACUUGGAGGACACGGACGAGAUCCUGCAAAACGAAUUGGGCAUCAACACCACGGUCCCAGAACGUAAGUUGAUCAGAAGACUGUGUGAACUGAUCGGGUUGAGAGCUGCAAGAUUGAGUGUCACUGGUAUUGCUGCCGUCUUUGAGAAGAGAGGUUACAAAUCCGGUUCCGUUGCCUGCGAUGGGUCCGUCUUCAACAGGUACCCAGGUUUCCAAGAGCACGCCGCCCAAGCGUUGAGAGACAUCUUCGGUUGGGAACACGGGCCAGCGUCUUCGUACCCAAUCGUCUUGACCGCUGCAGAGGACGGUUCAGGUGCCGGUGCUGCCGUGAUCGCAGCCUUGUCCAAAAAGAGACUAGAAGCUGGAAAAUCUGUCGGGAUUAUCACACCAUGA